AUAUAAACCUUCUGUAGUUAUUCCACAGAUUUCGAAGUACAUAGGAAUUGGCUCGCCAUCACUCACAACUUGCCCCUCUCUCAGUGGUACUAUGAGGCAACUUCGGAAUGGACUCUGGAUUAUCCACCGUUUUUUGCGUGGUUUGAAUAUGCGCUUUCGCACGUUGCCAAGUACUUUGACCCCGAGAUGUUGGUUAUCGAAAAUCUAAAUUACACCAGUCGGGCGACCAUCUUCUUCCAAAGAUUUUCUGUCAUCUUUACAGACAUCGUUUUCAUCUAUGCAGUUCGUGAGUGCUGCAGGUGGGUAAAUGGGAAACGAGCUGCAAAGGAUAUCCUGGAAAAACCAACCUUUAUUCUCGCCGUCCUGCUCCUGUGGAAUUUUGGGUUGUUAAUUGUGGAUCAUAUUCACUUUCAGUACAACGGCUUUCUGUUCGGGCUGAUGCUUCUUUCUGUGGCCCGCCUGUGUCAGAAAAGAUACUUGGAGGGCGCACUUCUCUUUGCUGUUCUGCUGCAUUUCAAACACAUCUACGUGUACGUGGCCCCAGCAUACGGCAUUUAUUUGCUCCGAUCCUACUGUUUCACUGCAAAUAACGCAGAUGGAUCCCUGAAGUGGAGGAGUUUCAGCUUGCUGCAUGUCACCCUCCUGGGAUUGAUCGUCUGUCUCGUUUCGGCUCUUUCCUUGGGCCCCUUCAUAGUCCUGGGCCAGCUGCCUCAAGUCAUUUCGCGGCUUUUUCCUUUCAAGAGAGGCCUGUGCCACGCUUACUGGGCCCCGAACUUCUGGGCUCUGUACAACGCCGUGGAUAAAGCGCUGACGGUUUUUGGUUUAAAAUGUAAUCUGCUUGAUCCCACAAAAAUUCCUAAGGCCUCCAUGACAGGAGGGCUGGUUCAAGAAUUUCAGCACACCGUCCUCCCUUCUGUGACUCCGCUGGCAACAUUAAUCUGUACUUUCGUUUCUAUAUUGCCCUCUGUUUUCUGUCUUUGGUUUAAACCUCAAGGGCCCAGAGGCUUUCUGCAGUGCCUCGUGCUUUGUGCGUUGAGCUCCUUCAUGUUCGGCUGGCACGUGCAUGAAAAAGCCAUGCUCCUGGCUAUUCUGCCUUUGAGCUUGUUGUCUGUUCAGAGAGCGAAGGAUGCUGGCAUCUACUUGAUUCUGACAACCACAGGACAUUUCUCACUUUUCCCACUGUUGUUCACGCCACCAGAACUGCCGAUUAAAAUCCUGCUCAUGCUGCUGUUCACUGUUUAUAGCUUCUCUUCGCUGAAAUCUCUAUUCAGGUAA